AUGGCGACAGUGAAACCGGCCUGGAAUGCGCCCACCACCACCACCACCACCGCCACCGCCGUUUCCCACAGACCAGCAAAACUGGAAAGGUUCCUGUCCUCCCUGACUUCAGGUUCACAUUCUUCUCAUGGGGAGAUUGAAGUGAAGACCCACCACUUGGAGUACCUCGAUGGAGGGAUCCUGGACAUGGACGACCUGCUGAGUGAUCUAGUGGAAGACAGAGAGAAGCUGGUGGCCGUGUUCGACGAAGCGCAGCCUGAGAGGGCGGACAGUCCCAGAGAGAUCAUGUCCAACGGCUUCUCCAGCGACGCCCCCAGCCCCGAACUCUUCCACUACCAGCCCCACCUGCAGUAUCAGGAGCCAACCAAAGGAGAGAUUGAAGUCAACGAGGCCAUCCUCAAAGGCAGAGACAGGUUGUUACGGUCAUCAGGUGGGGGCGUGGCGGUCAUCUCGUGGGGCGGGGCCAAGGCCGAGUCACUGCUGCUCCUCACCAACAGAGGCGUGUCUGGGCGGAGAAAAAGAGAGUCACAGGAAGUGUUCCGCCAGGCCAUGUCCACCUCUUCCGUUCGCCUGGAGGUCCUCCCCAUGGCCAGCAAGCCGCGCUACGAGAAGAGCCUGAUUGGUCAGCUCUUUACCGGCGACGGCAAAGAGACCCCCACAAAUGCAAAGAGUCCGAUGGUGACCCGCGCUAAAACCGACCCCCAGCCGGAACCCAAACAAGAUACCAAACGGAACACAAAACUGGAAGUGAGGCGACCGGAGGCGCGCGCCAAGACCCCGGAGCCAGCUUCGGUCAACAUGCCACCAGUGGAGCUCCAGUCUGGGCAUGGCUCCUUGGAAAGAGUCUCCCCCGGGCCUCUAGCCAGUGCAGCGAGCUCCUCCCCGACACCCAGGACCCGCAGCCAGAGCCCCCUGGCCAGCAGGAGCCCUGUUCCGCCAACCCUGGCCAACCUUACCAGCAGGAAGGGCGGGAAGAAGAUAAAAAUUGACCUGAAGAAAGGCACAGAGGGUCUGGGAUUCACCGUGGUAACCCGGGACUCCUCGGUCCACGGGCCAGGGCCAAUCCUGGUGAAGAACAUCCUGCCGCGCGGCGCAGCAGUCAAAGAUGGCCGCCUGCAGCCCGGAGACCGCAUCCUGGAGGUGAACGGAGUAGACAUGACAGGCCGCAGCCAGGAGGAACUCGUGGCCAUGCUGCGCAGCACCAAGCAGGGAGAGAGCGUGUGUGUGGUGGUGGCACGGCAGGAGGACAUCUUCCUGCCUCGGGAACUGAAAGGCGAAGAGGCCGGCAGCGUGGUGUUGGAGGACGGCAGGGAGCAGCUGAUGUACGAGAUCCCCCUCAACGAAACGGGUUCGGCCGGCCUGGGGGUCAGCCUGAAGGGCAACAAGUCCAGAGAGACCGGGGAGGACCUGGGCAUCUUCAUCAAGUCCAUCAUCCACGGAGGGGCCGCUUACAAGGACGGUCGGUUGAGCGUCAACGACCAGAUGAUAGCAGUAAACGGCGAGUCGCUGAUCGGGCGCUCCAACCACGCCGCCAUGGAGACGCUGAGACACUCCAUGUCGUCGGAGGGAAACUACAGGGGCACCAUCCAGCUCGUAGUGCUCCGAGCACCCAGACAGAUGGGCGGGGCCAACCCUGCACCAAGCACAGCCACAAACGGGUCCGCCGCCUAUCAACCGAACACCCAAACGGGCUCCAGCAAUCAGUGGCUGACGAGAGCAACAUGGGAUCCCUGGCCGGGCAGAGGACUGAGCCUUCAGCCGGCGGAGCGCUGGGCCCGACCCUGGGCCUCUGGAAGUCCAGCUCCCUGGAGAGUCUCCAGACGGCCGUGUCGGAGGCCAAGCAGAGUCGCGUCCAAGCCCAGGUGCCGUUUCACCGCCCGCGGCCGCACAUGGUCCGAGGUCGGGGAUGCAACCAGAGUUUCCGCAACGCCAUCGACAAAUCCUACGAUGGACCUUCUGAAGAUGACGACGACCUGUCAGAGCACAGCUCCGGUCACGAAACGCCCGUCAGCAGCUCCUCUCGCCAGGACCUGGACGCAGAGGACGGGAAGAAGAAGAAGAAAACCAAACCGAAAAAGAAGGAGAAAAAGAGCAAAGGGAAGAAGAAAACAGAUGAUUCUGCCGAGGAUCUGGAGAAGAAGACCAAAAAGAAAGGAUUUGGCCUCUUAAGGUUUGGUAAGAAGAAAGAUGACAAGAGCAAAGAUGCUGCCAAAGCCUCCAAAAGCAAACUGGAGGCUUUAAGUGAAGAAGAACUGGACAGGAUUCCUGACAACAGAGACGGCUACGAUCCGCGCUACGGCGAUACCCGCUCCGGCCACGUCACCCCAGCCUCCCUCCCCGACAUGGACGACGACGACAGCGACCCCAACUACGCCCGCAUCAACAACUUCCGCCAGCAGCAGCAGCCGUCGCCACCGUCGUACAUCAGUCGAACUCCCUCCCCUGCAGCGCUUAUAGGGGGUCCUAACCUGCCUCAGGCCUACUCCGAGGAGCUGGACGGGCUCUACGCCAAGGUCAACAAGCACAGACCCCCGCCUGCUCUGCAGAACCAGCAUCAAACACCGGCAGACAGUGAUCGUCUCCAGGGGUUGCGCAGGGAGUACCAGCAGGCCCGAGCCGCUCCAGGCUACGAGGAGCUUGACGCCGCACGACGCCGAGUCCUGGACCACGACCCAAACCGGAUGGCGCCCAGAGAAUCUCGACCUGUGCACUACUACGAAGAGGUGGACCGACAGUACCACACACAACCGAGGAGGGAUCCAUACGAUUACCCCACCCACUCCAGAUCCGUGCCAAGAGAGCCAGCCCCCUACUCCUACCACGACCCUCCUGCUUCCAGCCACCCCGGCCGCAUGCCGCUCCCCCAGGCGGGCACGCAGCCCCACCAGGCGGGCACGCAGCCCCACCAGGCGCCCAGCAACCAGCGCUACUACCCCUCAUCCCCCCACGCAGGGCAGCAGCAACGUGCACCGGUAAGGCAGGACCUUCCCCCUUCGCCCACCGCUGGGCGCAGAGGGCGGCACUACUACGAAGCCGUCGGGGGGCGAGGGGACGGAUACCAGCAGGCCAACCCAGGCCGCUACACCAGCCCCGAGCGCUACGACUACGGAGACGACAGACAGCCUGACCCGAGACGAAAGAACCCCCUGAUAGGUGCGGUGUAAAAGGUAGUCCUGAGUACCAGACCUCUCUCACCUAACCCCCAAAAGUGCGGUGAAGUUGAAUCAGACUACAAAGGAUAUAAAUAACUCCAAAUUCAUGUUUCCAGAUUUGUGAAACAUAAUCAGCAGUCACCCAGGCUGCCAAUGUGGAUAAGUGAGAUUUUGCCAUAUUAAUUUAUCUGAUCAGGAAAGCUGAAAGCAAUAAGUGACAAGCUGCAAGGCUAAAAUAAGGCUUAUUUUCAGAACCAUCUGGUCAUAACUGACUCCACAGGCCAAGACAGAUUGAACAAGCAUUAAGGUCUCAUAUGUACAUAUAUAUACAUGUUCUCUCUGCUGCUGUACAUUUGCAAAUGUGCCAAUGUUUAUAAAGAACAGGAUCUUAUUUUGAAAUAGAUUUUAUAAUGUAGAAUUAAAAUGUAAUUAAGGGCAAUUCAAUGAAUUACACAGAUAUAUAGAAUCAACUCUAUUCCAGCUAACUUUUUUUGCACAAGCUGAUCAAACUGAAGGAAAUAAAGGUGAUCCCUUUGACCAGCCGGACCGUUAUGUCAAAGGAGACACAGGAAGUUAAAUUCGACAAACAGGAAAAAGGAAGUAACUCCCCUUCAAAGUAUCUUCUUGUCCUUGAUGUUUUGUCGCUCGGACUUCCUUUACAUCCUGCUUUCACACUUUGCUAUUUUUUUAUAUUUUUGCCUUUUGAUUAUUUGGAUGUGGUUCAAACCUUUUACUGUACAUUUGUAAUGCAAAUGAGUUCAUUUGUGAUAUUUUUGUGGUGCUCCAAUAAAAUCUUUGAUCAAUGCGCAAGCAACACAGACAUAAAGUUAAGCUGUGUGACACUGAAGCAAAUAAAGAGCUUAAUGAAACAUUUUAUCCUUCAACAUAUCAUUGCUAAAUGUCGCUGCACUGUAAACUCACUAAAUGUGUCAUCGAUGGUUUGAUUCAAACACACUGUCAAAUAAAUGCGUGAUUUUUUUUAUACAA